AUGAAGUAUCUUUCCACUCUCUCCACCCUCACGGCUUCGGCGCUUGCGGCGAAUGUGUCGACAGUACACCAGUUCUCUAAUGGAACGUGGCUCGAAAAUAUCGCUGCCAUGCAAAAUGGCUCUCUCCUCGUGUCAACCAUCGGCGUUGCUCAGGUCCACAUUGUUCACCCACAAACCUCACCAGCGACAUUCUCCACCAUCGCCACCUUUCCAAACGCGACUGGUGCUUUCGGCAUCACCGAAUUCAAGAAGAAUGUAUUUGCUGUGAUAGUUUCGAGGUCUGCACCCGAAUACCGGCCAACCUUACAGAAAUACUCGCUAUGGAAGCUUGAUCUGAGCCAAAAGGAGAAGACAACGAAGGUCAGCAUGAUGGCAGAACUACCUGAUAUGGCUAUGCCCAAUGGUAUGGCCACUUUGAACCAGGAAACACUGCUUUUGGCAGACUCGUGGUAUGGAAACAUCGCUGCAUUCAACAUCAAAACUGGAAAGACGGGAGUCGUUCUGGAGGACCCUAGCUUAGCGGCCAACUUCUCCGCACCCGGGCUGCAGCUCGGUGCCAACGGAAUCAAGGUUCAUGACGACUACGUAUACUACACCAACACUGCCCAGGCUAUCGCCGGCCGCGUUCGUGUCCACCCGUCGACCGGCAAACCCUUCGGCUUUUUCGAGACCGUGCGCGACUCUACUCUCACCGGUCCGGAUGAUAUCUCAAUCGCAAAGGAUGACACACAUUACGCUUGA